CAAGCAUGGGAGCCAUAAAAGGCUUAUUCUGGCUUUUAUAAUCCAGUGCAGACACACACACACACACUCUCCUCUAGCUGACUCUAGGCAACUGAGAAAAUACAGGUCACUCCAGCAGACGGGGAUUCCUCUGCACGUGAUUGUAAUUCAGCUCCUGUGGAGGAAAGUGAAUAUUAUGAGAGUUGGAUUGAUGCAGCUGGGCGAUCCGUUUGCCCGGCUCCUCCUUUGCAAACAUACAGCCGUCAUCUCUUUUGGGUUUCCUUCCUCCUUAACCAUGGACUGCAGCCUCCAGGGAACUGAGAUCACAGAUGUAUGAUCAGGAUCCAGCAGAUGCAGAAAUGGAAGAUUAAUAGAUACUCAGUGAAAGUACAAGCGAGCUGCCUAACAGAUGCCGUCUUGCUCCCAUGAUGGAUGUGCCUAGCAUCAAAGACUUCCAGUGGAAAACUCUGGCACCUCUGCCCAGCCGGAGAGUCUAUUGCUCCCUGGUGGAGGCUGGUGGUCAGGUCUAUGCCAUUGGGGGCUGUGAUGACAAUGGUGUCCCAAUGGACUCUUUUGAGGUGUACUCCCCUGAAGCCAACCAAUGGAAUUCUCUCCCCCCAAUGCCUACAGCCAGGGCUGGGGUAGCUGUAGCAACACUGGGCAAGAGGAUAAUGGUGAUCGGGGGUGUUGGAGCCAACCAGACACCCUUGAAGAUUGUGGAGAUGUACAACAUAGACGAGGGCAAAUGGAAGAAAAGGAACUCCUUGCGGGAAGCCUCGAUGGGGAUCUCUGUGACGGCGAAAGACUACAGAAUCUAUGCAGCUGGUGGAAUGGGAGGAGACCUUCGCCCUCACAAUUACAUGCAGCAUUAUGACAUGCUCAAGGACAUCUGGGUGUCGCUGGCAACCAUGCCCACACCCAGGUAUGCCGCCACUUCCUUCCUACGGGGCACAAAGAUCUAUGUGCUGGGAGGAAGGCAAUCCAAAUAUGCCGUGAAUGCCUUUGAAGUCUUUGACAUCGAGACCAGGUCGUGGACCAAAUUCCCCAACAUCCCCAGCAAACGAGCGUUCUCCAGCUUCGUGUGCGCAGAGAACAACAUCUUCAGCCUGGGGGGUUUGCGGCAGGGCAGGCUAUACCGUCAGCCCAAGUUUAUGAAGAACGUGGAUGUGUUUGACAUCGAACAGGGGGGCUGGAUGAAGAUUGAGCGCUCAUUCUUUCUGAAGAAACGACGGGCAGAUUUCAUAUCCGGCUACUUGAAAGGAAGAAUUGUCGUAGCUGGAGGCCUAGGAAACCAACCAACUGUACUGGAAUCAGCUGAGGCCUUUCAUCCUGGAAAAAACAAAUGGGAGAGCCUUCCACCUAUGCCCACCCCACGAUGUGCCUGCUCUAACAUUGUGGUAAAAAACUGCCUUCUGGCUGUAGGUGGAGUGAAUCAGGGCCUGAGUGAUGCAGUGGAAGCCCUGUGUGUCUCUGACUCCUAGCCAGCCUGUCUCCAGAUGCCUCACCAAGCACCUAAGAAAAUGAUUAGCCUCCAGUUUUGAGCGGUGGGCCUACACCAUCCCUCUCACUCACUACUAUGCGGCUUUCCUGUAACUCCUUUCACUGUGUGUUUUGGAGAAGGUAGUUUCUUCAGGCAGCUACACAAUUUCAUGGCUCUGGUGGCUAGCAGAGGCCCUGUGGCAAUGUCAGUUUUGCAAGCUCUGUCGAGCUCCACCACCUGAUGAAUCUAUGGUCGCUUUUCCCUGUGACUCUGAACAGCCAAGGAACAUGCUAGCUUUGCUUCAAAACAGAAAAGAUCCAAAGAAUGGUGUGGGAUAUGCCAGGCAAGAAUUAGGAAGCAUUACCUAGGAACUAGAAGCAUGUUUUAGAUAAUGUUGUUGAAC